CCAACAUCAACAUCACCCAAAGCUUGCAUGCUUGCAAGCGUUGGUUGUUUGUUUAUGUGCAAGAGCUAAAGCAGCGCUUAGAUUUGAGUAUGUUUUCAGUUUUCAGCCGCUUUUAGUAAACUGUAGAUGAACUGAUUCUAUGGUUGAUGUGUUCGGAACGCUAUCUGCCAUAGUGAAGUACAGUUGCUGCAAGGAGAAACAAAGUCAUGCAGUUCGAACAGGUUGUACAUAAUCAGUGAAACAGUUGUAUGCAAGUCGCGCACCUUGCAAGCUAUCUUGUGUCUGAAGUUUACGCGCAAUCAGAACAACAUGACGGCAAUAACGUUAAAAAACAGGAAGCUUGUACUUAUCGAGUACCCGGCAAUCGUUAAAAACACAGACAGAAUGAUCAAAAGCCUCGGUGGCAUUGAAGAAGUCUCUAAGGCCUACUCAGACCCGACGCGAAGGCUAGAAAUGAAGUUUCGGCCCGAAGAUCCGUACUGCAAGAGCGCCUACGGUAACCGCUUCAACGCGUCCUGCCUCGUCCUGAAAGUGAAGAAGAACCGCGGUAACACUGAUGAACCGUACACCGUAUCUAUCGAGGGCACCGUCUCUACAGUCUACAAAUUUCGUGGCAUGGUGGAUUUUCAGUAUUUGCCCAUGAGGAAAAAAGCUGACGGAACGGGAUACGAAUCUUUACUCGACCAGCUGAUUCCGCCGCCCAUGUCAUCAACGGAAUGGCUGACGAAGGACGCUCCAGUUUUCAUACUGCCCCAAGUGUUCUCCCGCCUUGACAGCAUGUCAAUUCAAGCCCUGCGGGACGAGCCCAACAGACGUCAACCGACGUCGAAGACAUCACCUCAUCCCAUCAAUUCGUAUGGUAGAAUUCGUCACCGCCGUGUGAAAUUUGCUCGCUUUCUAAGCUUUGAAGAUGAAGAUGUGCCGAAAGAGCCAAAUCCAGAGGCUUGGAAACAGCUGGAUUGGCGCCCUCCGGAGGUAGACAUCAAGGAAAGAGUUCAAGAGCUAUUCAAGCAGCGCCCCAUGUGGACGCGCAAUGCUUUGCAAGUAGCGCUUGGUGUCCAGCCCGUGCGGUUUAAGCUCAUCCUGCCUGUGGUGGCUUACUAUGUCGUCAAUGGGCCUUUCCGCACUGCCUGGGUGCGUUUGGGCUUUGACCCCCGAAAGGACCCGUCAACAAAGAUCUACCAGAUUCUUGACUUCCGGCUCAAGACAUCACCGUUUGGAAUGCAUGACGAAGUGGCCACCAAGCGCGGCACCUCGGCCUACCUCGUCCCAACCAAGAUUCUGGGACCAACGACACGUCCCAUCUUUGCCCAGACUGACUACCUGUCACCAGCGCUGUGCAAAGACACUGUGACCAAGUCAUCGUCAAAGUCCGAAAACGAACUGCUAGUGUGCUUUCUGCCAGGAAAGCUGCCACCAUACCGCCAGAUGUUCUACCACCUCAAGGACAUCCGUAUGGACAGCGUCCAAAAGUUGAUGCACGCCAACGAUGGCCGCGAAACAACCUGUCACGAGAGAGAUGGAUGGUGUGAGGAGGGCACCAUUAGCAAGUGUCGCCAGCUUAUGGUGGCAGACUUGAGGGUCACGCUCGACAAACUGAAGAGCGAACGCCCUUCGACAUCGCAGGACGAAAGCAUAGUGGCACUGGAGGAUGACGAAGAGUUUGAUGACUUUAUGGACGAUGAAGGGGAUGAAGAUUGACUUGUACAACCACAUCAGAACAAGGAUGGAGUAGAAAACCACACUUCAUAAACCAAAAAGCAAAGCGGACAUCUUUUAGUGCCACCGAACUUACAAUGCAAUUUGGCUGGAGGAUGGUAAAGAUUUUGACGACUUGGUAGAUGAUGACAGUGCGUGAAAACUGACUUGUGCAGCAUUGCCUGGAGAAGAACAGAGCAGUUACCCCAUGCAAUGUCCUGGACGUAUGGCUUUCAGUGAGUUCCACUGACAGAAAAGACUAUGCUAAUGGUUGCGUUUGUCACAACAUGGCGCUGUAGUGUCUGUGUGCUCACCUUGCCUCACCACCCUGUAAAAUAAAAAUGCUGCCAGUGUAAACACACUUUACUUAACGCUA